AUGAUCCCCAAAUCAACAAAAUCUGACUACUCCUUAGCCAAAAUAUACCGGCCCAUCUUUCUUCUCCAAUGCUUCAGUAAAGUACUGGAGAAAAUAGUGGCGACAAGACUAUGCACUGCCGGGUCCACCCUAGAGACCCUCACCAAAGACCAAAUCGGAGUCAGGCCAACAAUCUCAGCGGUCGAUGCCCUACUUCGCACCCUCACCCCGAUCCAGCAAAAUCUCCUCCUCAGACAGAUGAUUGGAGUCACCACAGAGAGACCAGCUCUCCUCAUGAAUGACAUACAAGGAGCCUUCAACCGCGUCAACCAUCACUCACUCGCAGAAAUCAUGAUCCAACAGAAAUUUCCGCAUUACCUAAUUAAUUGGUGCAAGGAAUUCAACACAAACCGAACCCUUCAAUUCCAGUUCAAACACGAACUAGAACCACCACAACCAUACAAUUCAAGGCUACCCCAAGGAUCCCUUCUAUCCCCAGUGUUGUUUAUGAUCUACGCUGGAGUAGGAACAGACCCAAUCACCUUCCCCAAGGAAAUCAAGACCACCUAUAUGGAUAAUGACGCGCUCGUUCAACUCGCGAAAACACCUCUCCUCAUUACUAAAAGUCUGAAUGAGAGGAUGGCAGAAAGAGUAGAAAAAGCAGCGCCCCUCAACAUCAAAUACGAACCACAAAAAUCAGAUCUCGUCUUCUUCAAACCCACGACAUCAUGUAACGCCACACCAAAGAACUCAGUGGUCUUCGCUACAGAAGAGGUCCACCCCAAAGACAUGCUCAAAUAUGUUGACGUCUGGCUAGAUCCCAACCUCUACUUCCAACCUCACAUUGAAGAAAUCAUCGCCAAAGGUCUUAAAGCCCUAGGCAAAAUAAGAAACAUAGCUUACCUUCCAGGAACAACCGUGAAAGCUAUCCAUAACCUUGUCGUCCAAGGCUUUCUCCCCACGAUACUGUGGGAUCAGAAGCAUGAUGGACAGGAGCUGACCACAUUCUGUGACCAGUCUCCCCACUCUAUAAUAAAGCAGCCCGAAUAA